CAGAUACUUUCACCGGUACCGGCCCUAAAGGCUGAAUAGGACUUCGCGGUGAAGACUCACAAUGGACGAGGAUCCCUAUGACGGAUCAGGUCCGCCACCAGAGCAAGAAGCUAUAGACAAAAUGCUUUCUUGCGGCAUUAAGCAAAGCAAUUGUAGCGAAGAACUCGCCGCUGCAAACCCUGGCAACAUCAGCAUUAGGCCAAAUGAAAGUAGCGAUGGGUCCGCGGGUGCAAGCCCUGAAACCAGCAGCAGUGGUAAUAAUUUAGGUGGCAAAGGACUGCCGGCUACAAGUUCUGAAAUCAACAGCAGUAGCCCAAAUGAAGGUAGCGAUGGAGUCGCGGCUGCAAGCCCUAAAACCAGCAGCAGUGGUGAUAAUUUAGGUGGCAAAGAACUGCCUGCUACAAGUUCUGAAAUCAACAGCAGUAGCCCAAAUAAAGGUAGCGAUGGAGUCGCGGCUGCAAGCCCUGAAACCAGCAGCAGUGGUGAUAAUUUAGGUGGCAAAGGACUGCCGGCUACAAGUUCUGAAAUCAACAGCAGUAGCCCAAAUGAAGGUAGCGAUGGAGUCGCGGCUGCAAGCCCUAAAACCAGCAGCAGUGGUGAUAAUUUAGGUGGCAAAGAACUGCCUGCUACAAGUUCUGAAAUCAACAGCAGUAGCCCAAAUAAAGGUUGCGAUGGAGUCGCGGCUGCAAGCCCUGAAACCAGCAGCAGUGGUGAUAAUUUAGGUGGCAAAGAACUGCCUGCUACAAGUUCUGAAAUCAACAGCAGUAGCCCAAAUGAAGGUAGCGAUGGAGGCGCGGCUGCAAGCCCUGAAACCAGCAGCAGUGGUGAUAAUUUAGGUGGCAAAGAACUGCCUGCUACAAGUUCUGAAAUCAACAGCAGUAGCCCAAAUGAAGGUAGCGAUGGAGUCGCGGCUGCAAGCCCUGAAACCAGCAGCAGUGGUGAUAAUUUAGGUGGCAAAGGACUGCCUGCUACAAAUUCUGAAAUCAACAGCAGUAGCCCAAAUGAAGGUAGCGAUGGAGUCGCGGCUGCAAGCCCUGAAACCAGCAGCAGUGGUGAUAAUUUAGGUGGCAAAGAACUGCCUGCUACAAGUUCUGAAAUCAACAGCAGUAGCCCAAAUGAAGGUAGCGAUGGAGUCGCGGCUGCAAGCCCUGAAACCAGCAGCAGUGGUAAUAAUUUAGGUGGCAAAGGACUGCCGGCUACAAGUUCUGAAAUCAACAGCAGUAGCCCAAAUGAAGGUAGCGAUGGAGUCGCGGCUGUAAGCCCUGAAACCAACAGCAGUGGUGAUAAUUUAGGUGGCAAAGAACUGCCUGCUACAAGUUCUGAAAUCAACAGCAGUAGCCCAAAUGAAGGUAGCGAUGGAGUCGCGGCUGCAAGCCCUGAAACCAGCAGCAGUGGUAAUAAUUUAGGUGGCAAAGGACUGCCGGCUACAAGUUCUGAAAUCAACAGCAGUAGCCCAAAUGAAGGUAGCGAUGGAGUCGCGGCUACAAGCCCUGAAACCAGCAGCAGUGGUGAUAAUUUAGGUGGCAAAGGACUGCCGGCUACAAGUCCUGAAUCCAACAGCAGUAGCCCAAAUGAAAAUAGCGAUGGAGUCGCAUCUGUAAAACCUGAAACCAGCAGAUGUAGGUCAAAUGAAGGUAACAAAGAACUUGGCGCUGCAGUCACGGGAACCAGCAAACCAAUAAAUGAAAGUACUGUGGAGCUCGCGGCUGCAAGCCCUGGAAUCAGCAGGCCAAAUCAAGGUAGCACAGAACUAGCAGCUGUCAACUCUAGCACCAUCAGCAUCAGGUCCUAG